GCGUGCCACUAACGCCCCGUUGGAGUGUAGCCGCCGUAGGCGCCACCAGCCCAUCUAUGGUAGUCGCCUCCUUUCAUCGACCUUAGCACGGGCGAAGGAGACGGCGACGACGGCAUCCAGUGAACACGGCAGUCAGGAUGGCGGCAACGGCCAUUCUAGGGUUUCUUUUGGAGUUUAAGUUCAUUUUUUUUAAUGUUUUAAGUUUAAUGCAUGUGAACCGUUCGGCCGUGCAUUGAACGUAAUAUAUAGUCAUCAUUUUAAAUUUAGUUGCUUUAUUAUGUCUUUUUUAGAUUUGAAUUUAAGUUUAAAUCCGGAUGCUUUUGUCAAAUGUGUCGGGUCGUUGGGUGCGAUGACCGGCGGACGACCGCAAACGGACACUCAUGUCCGUUUUACCCCCGCAAACGAACCAGACAAAACGGAUGUCCAUUUACCGUCGGGCGUUGGAGUUUUGUUUUUAACAUCAAUACAGACGCAAGCGCUCAUACAUACGCGCAUACACGCAUCUCUAUGAAUGCACAUAGGCACACUCUACCACUAUUAGCACCUCCGAGAGACUGAGCCGGCAUGUCAUCUUUAAAUUUACAAAGUCACCGUAGGCGCCUCGUCGUCGACAGGGACGUCUCCUCCCACGAAAAGCGCAUCGCCGAAAAUCCUAAAAUAAAUCCAGAAAUAAUGCGAGCACGAAGACUUGAACCCUGAUCCCUCUAAUCAUUCAACCACAGGUUGGCUCGCGUCUGGCGUUGGAGUUGGCCCAAGGUUCAGCGUACACCUGGCAGCCGGACCAGUUCCAGCGUGAAAUGGUCAAAUCACGAUAUCACCAAGGUUCAGUGCUGAGCGACUUGUUGAUUGCUACAUUCCUCUACUCUCGGCGAAGCUACGACGCGCGCAAGACCAUGAGGCCGAGCCAGAGGCGCCACCGGCUCCCGCUCGCUUUUCUGUCUGUGCUGCUUCUCACAUCCUCGGCCGUCGCCGACAGCACCUUGACGCAGGGGACGGCCAUCGGCGGCGACCAGAGGCUGGCCUCGCCGGGCGGCGUCUUCCAACUCGGCCUCUUCUCCGUCGCCAACAACACCAGGUGGUUUCUCGGCAUAUGGCUCACUGCCUCCCCGGCCGGCGUCGUCUGGGUCGCCAACCGCGAUCGCCCGCUCAACGCCUCGUCCUCCGGCAUAGUCGCGCUCAGCGGCCGAGGGGACCUCGUGCUCCUCGACGCCGCGAGCAAUAACGAAACCAUCUGGUCCUCGUCCAGCUCCUCCUCGGCGGCGGCGUCGGUGGCGCAGCUCCGCGACGACGGCAACCUGGUGCUCGCGGACGCGGCCGACGUCGCGGUGUGGCAAAGCUUCGACCACCCGACCAACACGUUCCUCUCCGGGUCGCGGGCCGGGCAGGACCUCCGGACGGGCGUCGUGUGGUCCGUCUCGUCGUGGCGCAGCGCCGACGACCCGUCGCCCGGCGACUUCCGGUACGUGAUGGACACUCGGGGCUCGCCGGAGCUGCACGUCUGGAGGAAUGGAAGCAAGAGGUACCGGACGGGCCCGUGGAACGGGCUGCGGUUCAGCGGCUGCCCGGACAUGACCACCUUCGAGGACCUGGUAGAGUUCCGGUUCACCCACACCGCCGACGAGGUCUCCUUCGUGUACCGCGACCGCGUCGGCUCUCCGGUGUCCCGCCUCGUCCUGAACGAGUCCGGCGCGAUGCAGCGCAUGGUCUGGGACGGCGCGUUGUGGCGGGUCUUCUGGUCAGGGCCGAGGGACCAGUGCGACAUCUACGGCGCGUGUGGCCCGUUCGGCGUGUGCAACGCGGUCGGCGCCGUCAUGUGCGGCUGCAUCAAGGGUUUCAUCCCGAGUUCGCCGGCGGAGUGGCGCAUGCGGAACGCGUCCGGCGGGUGCGCCCGCAGCACGGUGCUGCAGUGCGGGGGCGGCGACGGGUUCUACACCCUGCGCGGCGUGAAACUGCCGGAGACGCAUGGCAGCAGCGUGGACGCCGGCGCAUCGCUCGCGGAGUGCGGCCGGAGGUGCUCGUCCAACUGCUCUUGCACGGCGUACGCCGCGUCGGACAUUCGAGGUGGCGGGACCGGGUGCAUACAGUGGUUCGGCGAGCUGAUGGACACGCGCUUCGUCGACGACGGCCAGGAUUUAUUCGUCAGGCUGGCAAUGUCUGACCUUCAUCUAGAGACAACCAAGACCAGCAAGCUCGUCGUGAUCAUCGCCGCGGUGAUAACAGCAUUUGCAUUGCUUCUGCUAUCGCUUGGCCUCGUGAUCUGGAGAAAGAUCCGGCAGCGCAGUAAGCAAGUUACCAACUUUGAUGACAUGGUGAGAGGCGAGUGUCUGACGUACCAUCUCGAAACCCUUAGAGACGCCACCGACGGAUUCUGCCCCAAAAAUGAAAUAGGGCGCGGCGGCUUCGGCAUUGUUUACAAGGGUCAAAUGGAAGAUGGCCAGGAAGUCGCGGUGAAGAAGCUAUCAGCAGGAAACAGUGUGCAAGGUCUGAAGGAGUUCAAGAAUGAGGUGGACCUGAUCGCCAAGCUGCAACACCGUAACCUCGUACGCCUGCUCGGUUGCUGCAUCCACUGCUCCGAGAGGAUAUUGGUCUAUGAGUACAUGAGCAACAAGAGCUUGGACACUUUCAUUUUUGAUCCAAGGAGGCGCGCUGACUUGAGCUGGAGAACUAGGAUGGACAUCAUCUUCGGUGUUGCAAGAGGGCUUCUCUACCUUCACCAGGACUCGAGGCACACGAUGAUCCACCGAGAUCUCAAGGCGGCCAACGUUCUCCUCGAUCGGGAGAUGGUGGCCAAGAUAUCGGAUUUUGGAAUCGCCAAGUUGUUUAGCAGCAUCGGCGACCAUCAGGUCACGGAAAGGAUUGUUGGGACAUAUGGUUACAUGUCACCCGAAUAUGCGAUGGACGGCAUGGUAUCGUUCAUGCAGGACGUGUACAGCUUCGGUGUGCUGUUGCUGGAGAUCAUUAGUGGCAGGAGGAACCAACGAAGUUUCAACCUCAUUGCUCAUGCAUGGGGGCUAUUUGAAGAAAACAAGAGCCUCGAGCUCCUUGACCCAGCCGUGCGGGACGGCUGUAGCCCGACGGAGCUAGAGCAGGCCACGACGUGCAUCCAGGUAGGGUUACUGUGCGUUCAGGAGAGCCCGAGCCAACGACCGCAAAUGGCUGCCAUAAUACCCAUGCUGUCGCAACAACAGGCGCCGGGACGGCCUCUUCGGCCGGUGGUUUGCAUGCCUGUGAGCUCUCUGGUGGACCUUCUAGGCGUGCAGGAGGACACGUCCGGCAAUGCUGAGCUGACCAUCACAAACCUUGAAGGCCGGUAGGAUGGCUCUAGGGCAAGCUAGAGCCAAAUAUUGGAGACGUUACUUACAAUUUCUCAUGCCAUUGGGUAGGACACGUGCAUGCACCCCAAAAACGUAAUGAUUGUACAAGUCACAAUUCACGCAAGCAUACACGCUAUAUGUAUAUGGUUCAAUGCUAUGUGGCUGUGUAGGUUUUUUUUUAACAUGUGUUUGUAGUAUUUUACGACAUCACAUACCACCCACCUGGCCUCCUCAUAAGCUGACCUCUUUGCCUUAGCAAUGUGGGACUGAACCUUUGUGUUGGUCAAUGCUUUGGAUUUUCAGAAAUUUUAGAC